AUGGCGAGCUCCGGACUCGCCUACCCUGACCGCUUCUACGCCGCCGCGGCCUACGCUGGGUUCGGAGCCGGCGGGGCCACCUCCUCCGCAGCUAUCUCUCGCUUCCAGAACGACGUCGCCCUCCUCCUCUACGGCCUGCAUCAGCAGGCCACGGUUGGGCCAUGCAAUGUGCCCAAGCCAAGAGCGUGGAACCCCGUGGAGCAGAGCAAAUGGACGAGCUGGCAUGGGCUUGGAAGCAUGCCUUCAGCGGAGGCGAUGCGUCUUUUUGUCAAAAUCUUAGAGGAAGAAGAUCCUGGAUGGUACUCUAGGGUCCCUGAGUUCAACCCUGAGCCUGUUGUAGAUAUUCAGAUGCAUAAACCAAAAGACGAGCCACAGAGUGUACCGGCUUCAACAAAUGGAACAUCAAUUCCAGAACCAAAAAUCAUUUCUGAAAAUGGAAGUUCUGUGGAGACUCAGGACAAAGAUGUUAUUCUGGAAGGCCUUAGUACUGUUAGUUCUCAUGAUGAGUGGACUCCAUUAUCUGUCAGUGGUCUCCGUCCGAAGCCUCGUUAUGAGCAUGGAGCAACUGUUUUGCAAAAUAAGAUGUAUAUAUUUGGUGGAAACCAUAAUGGACGUUACCUUAGUGACCUUCAGGCUUUGGAUCUGAAGAGUUUGACCUGGUCCAAGGUUGAUGCCAAAUUGCAAGCAGAAUCUGCUGAUUCCACUAAAACCACACAAAUUGCUCCAUGUGCUGGUCAUUCUUUGAUUUCAUGGGGCAACAAAUUUUUAUCUAUUGCCGGGCAUACAAAAGAUCCAUCUGAAGGCAUUACAGUGAAGGAAUUUGAUCCGCAUACUUGUACCUGGUCGAUUGUCAAGACUUACGGGAAACCACCGGUUUCACGUGGAGGUCAAACAGUGACUCUUGUUGGAACGACACUAGUUUUGUUUGGUGGUGAAGAUGCAAAACGGUGUCUCUUGAAUGACUUGCACAUCCUUGAUCUUGAAACCAUGACAUGGGAUGAUGUGGAUGCAAUAGGCACUCCUCCUUCUCCAAGGUCAGAUCAUGCUGCUGCUUGCCAUGCUGACCGUUAUCUUUUAAUUUUUGGUGGGGGGUCUCAUGCAACAUGUUUCAAUGACCUACAUGUCCUUGAUUUGCAGACGAUGGAGUGGUCAAGACCCAAACAACAAGGUCUGACUCCAAGCCCAAGAGCUGGCCAUGCAGGUGCAACUGUUGGUGAGAACUGGUACAUAGUUGGGGGUGGCAAUAAUAAAAGUGGUGUUUCUGAAACACUUGUGCUUAACAUGUCAACUCUAACAUGGUCAGUUGUUAGCACUGUGGAAGGACGUGUUCCCCUUGCCAGUGAGGGCAUGACUUUAGUGCAUAGCAAUUACAUUGGUUAUGAUUAUCUCAUCUCUUUUGGAGGAUACAAUGGACGAUACAGCAACGAGGUUUACACUCUUAAACUCAGCCUGAAAUCAGAUUCGCAGUCAACCGUAAAAGAAGAAACUGUCUCAGAUACUACAUCUAGGGUCAUAGAACCUGAGGCUGAAAUUUCUCAAGAUGGGAAGAUACGGGAGAUUGCCAUGGACAGUGCCGAUUCUGACCUGAAUAACAGAAAUGAUGAAGCAAGUGAACAGCUUAUAGCAGAUCUUAAAGCUCAGAAAGAGGAACUAGAAGCAACACUUAGCAGGGAACAGCUGCAAACUGUGCAACUUAAAGAAGACAUUGCUCAAGCAGAGACCAGAAAUGCAGAGCUGACAAAGGAACUUCAAGCUGUCCGUGGCCAACUUGCUUCUGAGCAAUCCAGAUGUUUCAAACUUGAGGUCGAUGUUGCGGAACUUCGACAAAAGCUUCAGAGUAUGGAUGCGUUGGAAAAGGAGGUCGAACUGCUUCGGCGACAGAAAGCCGCUUCUGAGCAAGCAGCGCUGGACGCAAAGCAGAGGCAAAGUUCUGGUGGCAUGUGGGGACUUGUUCUCGGUCCCUUCGUGUUUCUCGGCGGGCGAGAAGCUCCCGGACGUCCCGGCGUCCGCGGCGGCCACCAGGUCCGGGCAGAGCGCGGCGACGCUGGUCUACCGCGCGGGGAUCGCCGGCCAGGACCGCCUGGUGACGGUGACGUGGUGCAGGAACCUGCUUACCCACGGCCUGUCCGUGUCCAUCGAAGGGGCGGCGGGCGGCGGCAAGGACAAGAGCGGGAGCGGCGGCGGCGGCAGCAGGGAGCGGGGCGACGGCGCCGACGGUGGCGCGUCCUCCAAGCAGGGCUGCAGCACCGCCUGCAAGGUGGAGAUGCAGCCGUGGCACUUCUGGCGCAAGUACGGCGCCAAGCAGUUCCACGUCGACGGCUCCGGAGCGCGAGGUACUCCGACGAGCCCGAGCCGCUGUCCGACUACUACGUCGCCGUGGUGUCGGACGACGAGGUCGUCCUCCUCCUCGGCAACCUCAAGAAGGAGGCGUUCCGGCGCACCGGGUCGCGGCCGUCGCUGCGGGACGCCGUCCUGGUGUGCAAGAAGGAGCACGUCUUCAGCAAGAAGCGGUUCCUCACCAAGGCCAGGUUCGACGACAGGGGCAAGCUGCACGACAUCAGCAUCGAGUGCAGCAGCAGCAACCUCAGCGGCGCCGGCGUCGGCGUCGACGUCGACAUGGUCAUCAAGAUCGACGGCUCCGUCAACGUCCUCGUCAGGCACCUGCAGUGGAAGUUCAGAGGCAACGAGUGCAUCUCCCUCGACCACCUCAAGGUGCAGGUGUACUGGGACGCGCACGACUGGCUCUUUGGCACCGAGAUGAGGAACGCACUGUUCAUCUUCAAGCCCGAGCCGCUGCCGUCCACUGCCGCUGCGGACCUCCACACUGAUGAGUACUCUGAUUUCUGCCUGUUUCUGUACGCAUGGAAACUUGAGUGA